CGCGUGCCCUGGCGUCAGUCGGAGCAGACCUCGCGCAUUCGUGCAGCCAGCCUCGGCUUCGGUUAGAGUGUGUUGUAGGGUGAGCCAGGAUGGUGGACCAGCCUCUGUGGGAGCAGAUAGGAUCCAGCUUUGUGCAGCACUACUACCAGUUGUUUGAUUCAGACAGAACUCAGCUUGGAUCCAUAUACACAGAUACAUCAUGCCUUACUUGGGAAGGACAGCAGUUCCAGGGAAAAAAUGACAUUGUUGAGAAGCUCACUAGUCUCCCCUUCUCUAAAAUAGCGCAUAGUAUAACUGCGCAGGACCACCAACCAACCCCAGACUGCUGCAUACUGAGUAUGGUUGUAGGACAGCUAAAGGCAGAUAACGACCCCAUCAUGGGUUUCCACCAGAGCUUCAUCCUGAAGAACGUCAACGACUCGUGGGUGUGCACCAAUGACAUGUUCAGGCUGGCCAUUCACAACUUUGGCUAACCCCCCCCCGCCCCCCGUUUGGUGGGCAGGGGCGGCCGUAGUAAAGGGCACCACGCCAUGAAAUACGGAAGGAACGGGAGGGGGGAGUUGAGGACGGGGGGAGGAGAGGAGGCGCCACUCCCCCCUCCCUCCCUCCCGCCGUCUCAUUUAACGCCCGUUCGACGAGCAGAUACCGGAUUCUAGAUGUCAAUCACUGAACCUCCUCCAGGUGGGUUCUUUCCAGAGCGCCCCGGCCUGUAGAAGUGCCACGUGAGCCAGCCGACCAAUCAGAAGCCCCUGUCUGCCGCCGCUGCGCUGCAUGAAGCUGGAGCCCCUCAUUACAGUACGUACACUCAAGAAAGACAAACAGCUGACCGACCACCGCCGCUCCAGCCGCGUUCACCACACCCUCUGUACUCCGUUCUGACCCGUUUGUCCGACCGUCGACCGCACCGCUGUUGGCGCCGCCUCGUAGAUCCACGUUCGGGCGGGGCGGGCCCGUUGGGCUCCGCCCCUUCGUGCUGUCAUUUGUUUUUAGAUGCCGUUCCAGUGUCGGCUUUAGCUCCGCCUUCGCGUCCAGCUCCGUUGAGUCUUUUGCACCUGCUGAACUUCACCGUGGUUCAUCCACUCGUGUCGGGUUUCGCUUUCAUCACAAACCACAGAAUCAUGGAGGACGAACUUCCACCUUCUGUGUGAAAGGCUGAUCCUUCACAUUCACUCUCUCUCUUUUUUUCUCUCUCAUUCUUUCUGUCUCUUUCUCUUUUGUCUCACGCGUCGGGCAGAUAACAACAUGGACUACAGCCACGAUUCACAAUAAACCUGGACUUUUUUCUUAA